CGACGGUGAGCAUGUCUUCGCCACUGCUUCCCACAAUACAUCAUAUGAUGCAAGUUGUUUGGCGUGCAUCUGGUGAUGCGUACCGAUCUCGUUAUGUGCCCUCCAUGUCGAUUAGGGGCUGAGUAGGCCAGAGAAUCUCGAGCUACCUGUUAUGCUGUAUAUGAGGUUUGUGUGAAUCCUCAGAUGAACAAAACCUUACAACAGCCAAGAGUUUGAGAGAACAGUCUUUGUUGCGAUCACAACUGCGCUCUGCGAACAAAUCGUCCGGCUGGUUAUUCAAUGUGCAUGCUAACCAUCUAUCGCCCUACAAAAAAUUCAUAACCUCGAUCACAUACAGCCUGUUCGCCCAAAGAGAGUUCUUGCUCGGUACGAUCGCUCCAUUCAGUUUUAUCUCUCCUCGACAACUGCACGGUUCGCCCGUAGUGCUCCCGAACCUUGAGCCUGAGUUGUCGAGAAAAGAUAAAAAUGUAAUCUACCGUUAGCCUCGUAGUAGUUCACUCCAUACCCUCUGCCCUUUUACGAAUUCUCGACUCUAGUCAUAUCGUCACAUCCGUACGCCGCGCAUCUCCGACCCCUUGGCCGCACCCUUUAUUCUCGUCCAUAUGAGCCCACAAACGUCCACAACGAAGUGACUCGAAGUGCCCCAUGUCCACACACGCACUUCACACGCUCCACAAACACGUCACGAGCGCCUAUCAUUAAACGCCGCGACUCCUGUUUUACCUCCUCUUUGAGUCUUUUGGCACGCGCACGCCUUCCCUUUGGGGCAGGUCUCGCCUUUUUGUUGCGGAAAGGGGCGGACAAACGAAUCAUCUAAUUAGUGUGGCGGCUCGCUUUGUUCUUGCUUGGUCGGUUUAUUGCGAAACGGGGAUAUAAACAGGACGUGAUCCAUUGUCCCCGCUCUUCGCACGCAUUGCUCCUUGAACUCGAACCACCACCAUCCCAAUCAUAACUGCUCCGCGCUCGAACAUCUACGUCCAGAUCCAAGAGAACGAUAUCGAGGCCCCGCCGCACGCACUGAUAUAUCAUUGCACGCGAAUUCGCUAAUUGAUUGCGCAAUAUGAGCAAUCCCGGUCGUGGCAGAGGAGGACCAGGAGGGGGUAGAGGAGGCCCACGCGGUGGAGGAGGUGGUGGUGGUGGCGAUCGUGGAAGGGGUGGUGGGGGAUAUCGUGGCGGAGGAGAUCGCGGUGGCGGUUCUCGCGGAGGAGCCUCAAGUUUUAGGGGAGGACCCACCGACAGAGGCAGCGACAGCGGACGUGGUAGCCGAGGUGGUCCCUACGGACCGGGUGGAGGUGGAGGACGCGGCGGUGGUGGUGGCGGAGGUCGUGGUGGUGGUGGUGGACGUGGCGGUGGCAACACCGGCCUAUCGGCCUACGCAGAUGCACAACUGAUUUUCGAUCCUCAUCCUAAUACUCCUGCUCGUAUUGAUGCCCGGCUCAGCGAUGCCAAUGCGAACGAACUCAUCCGUCGACUUCGACAAACACGCACCGGGCCCGAACACCCUGUUCGUCCAGGCUUUGGAACACUGGGCAGAGCGAUCAUGGUCCGCGCUAAUUUCUUCCCAAUCACCCUCACGCAUAAGGCGUUCUUCGAGUACAACGUGAAGAUCACGCCCGAGCCUCGGUCACAGGCCAGGAGGGUGAAGAAGAGGAUACUGGAGCUAUUCGAGAAUAGUUCGAUCGGAGCGCCGUAUAAGGACGGGAUCGUGCAUGAUGGGAGUCAGAGGUUGCUCGCGGCGAAGAGGUUACCGCAGCCAUUGACGGCGAAGAUUAGGUAUUUUGAGGAUGGGGAUCAGGGGCCGCAUCCGAGGGCGGAUGAGUACGAGAUAGAUGUGGAGUUUGGGAAGGAGUUAUCGACGGAGCCUAUGCAUCAACAUCUCGAAGGUAUCAAACAACCUGCCGAGCUGAUCGAUCCGCUCAUCUCAGCCAUGAACCUCAUCAUCCAACGCCAAGCCUCCCAAACUGGAUUCCGCUUCGGGCGCAACCGUCAUUUCUGGAGCGACACCGAAACGCGGGAGCUUGCUCCCAAACUCUGGGCCCUCAUGGGCUUCUUCACCUCCGUUCGGCCCGUGCACAAACAACUCAUGCUCAACCUCAACGUCUGCAUGACCGCAUUCUACGAGCCCGGAAACCUGUGGAACGCCUGGCAGGCUUUCCGAAAUGGUUCAUUUGGUGGGAGUGCGAACGAGUUUUUGGUCAGGGCGAAGAUCUCGACGAAGCAUUAUGGGUAUAAGAAGGUGCAUACGGUGAGGAAGAUGGUGGGGAAUAAGACAGCCAGGAGGCAGGAGUUCGAUUGUGCCGAGUUUGGCGGAAAGAUUACGGUGGAGAAUUAUUACAAGCGUAAAUACAACAUCACGCUGCAACAUCCUGAUGACCUCCCCUGCGUCGACGUCGGUCCUCCAGGCAAGCAAACCUUCAUGCCCGCCGAACUCUGCACAAUCGAGCGCGGCGAACCUCAUCUCGGAAAACUCAGUCCCGACGAAACGACCAACAUGCUCCGCUACGCAUCUCGCCGACCCGCUGUCAACGCGAACCUGAUCGUCAACCGUGGCCUGUCGAAGAUGGGGCUCAAGCCCAGCACUCCCGUCCUCGACGCUUUUGGCGUACAAGUGUCUGACGAAAUGGCGGUCGUCCCAGCACGCGAGCUGCCUCCGCCGGAAAUCUCGUAUAAACCGAGGCAAGGGGCCAGGGCCGGAAGAGGGUUACAACCGAGAAAUGGAAGUUGGAACAUCUUAGACGUGCAAUUCCAAGUGGGUGCGCGGAUGGAUAACUGGAAGGUUCUAGUCGUGAGGGAACAAGGGCGAUCGGGAUUCGAUGGUCCAAGCGAUCCAAGGAUGGUUGGCCUCCUCCAGGCUUUCCGUAACAAAUGUGCGAGCAGCGGCAUGCAGGUGGCGGCCAGUCAACCCCAGAUUUUGCCCACGCCUGUACUGCCGUCUAGGCAAGACGAUCCGGAGAGGGUGAGGGCGUUGAAUAUGGUUGAGACGACCAUAAACCAAUUCGGCGAUCCGAAGAGAAUUAGCAUCAUCCUCGUUCUGCUCGCCGACAAAGACGACUUCAUAUACCCCGGGAUCAAACGCUUCACGGCCGUCCAGCUCGGCGUCCAUACCCAGUGCAUGCUGCUCAAGAACGCCCUCAAGGACGAGAAGAAGCAGGAUCAGUAUCUGUCGAAUGUGGCAUUGAAGGUGAAUACGAAGUUGGGAGGGAUCAAUCAUCGGCUUGGGGGAGAUGCGAUGAAGUGGUUGACGAAGGCGGAGACGAUGAUGGUGGGCAUCGAUGUGACACAUCCGGGGCCUUCGAGUGUGCAGGGGACGCCGUCGAUCGCUGCGGUAGUGGCGAGCGUGGAUAAAGAUUUUGUGCAGUUCCCGGCGAGUUUGAGGUUGCAGAAGUCUAAGCAGGAGGGCAUUGCUGACCUGGCAGAUAUGAUGAUCGAGCGCCUCCAAGCUUACCGCAGACGCAGUAAAGUCUUUCCUCAACGCAUCUUUAUCUUCCGUGAUGGUGUCUCUGAAGGCCAAUACGACACCGAAGUUCUCAAAAACGAGCUGCCUCAAAUUCUCGAAGCCUUCAAAAGAGUAGAUCCAAGUAAUCCUCGAUAUUCGCCCAAACUCUCCAUCAUCAUCUGUGGCAAACGUCACCACGCCCGUUUCCUGCCCACCGCCCCCAAUUCCGACCGCAACGGGAACACCCUCCCCGGCACUGUCCAAGACAGGGGCAUCACCUCCAUCUUCGACUUCGACUUCUAUCUGCAAGCGCACGCGGGAUUGCAGGGCACCGUUCGACCCACACAUUACGUCGUGUUGUACGACGAGAACAAUUUGGGCUCGGAUGAGGUGCAACAAGGCAUUCACACGGCUAGCUAUGCGUAUGCGAGGGCUACGAAGGCUGUCAGUCUCAUGCCUGCUGCGUACUAUGCCGAUGUUGUCUGCGAGAUGGCGAGGUAUUGGAUCCAUGGGUUCUUGAACCAGGGUGACGGAGUAUCGUCGAGUGGAGCGAGUCAGGCUGGUGGUGGCGCGAGGGGUGGAAGGGGUGGUAGUGGUGGAGGGAGUCGAGGUGGUAGAGGCGGAGGUAGAGGUGGGGGACCGAGUGCGAGAGAGGCGGCAGAGGCGAGGGUGUACGAGGCUGCGGAAAGGAUGUGGGGGAAUGGGUUGCAUGAGAAUUUGAAGGACUCCAUGUUUUACUUGUGAGCGUGUUUGGAUCAGGUUCUUGGGCAUUCGCGCCUGCAUUUGGUUCUUCCCCAUUUCGCCUUCGAUCGCUGUGUUUGU